AAUCACAACUGAUAAUUCUCUCUGGCAGUCUUGCUCCCUUAAAUUCAAAAAUUUCAGAAUAGCGUUUCAGUUCGGCAUCUCAAAGGGCUCAAGAUCCAUCCGAAUAGUUCAGAAUGAAAUUGAAGAUCAACAAAGCCUGCGAUCUCAGUUCCAUCUCCGUCCUUCCCCCUCACUCCAGGAGAUCAAACACAGUACCAAGUGGGCCGCAAGCAUCACAGCUUAGAUCGCAGCCAUCGCAACAAUCUUUUUCACUGGGAUUUUCACCUCAACCUGCCUUCUUUUCUCAGAUCUCUCAGAAUUCAUUUGAUGAAGUUUUGACAACAGAUCUGAGAUUUGGUUCUCAAGAACGGGAGAAUUCUGUGAAGAAGGCUUCUUGCUUGCCUCAGAUCAACACCACAAGAGAAGAGAAUCAAAUGCCAAUUUCAAGGUCUUCAGCCAAUCAAAUGCGCAAAUGGAAUGCAUCAUCUGCUUCAGAACAUAGAUAUCAAAUUAGUGAAGAACUUGAGCAUCGGCUAGGAAUGAUUGGCACUUCAAUAAAUAGGUUUGGAAUGAUCUUGGAUUCAGUUCAGAGUGAUGUAAUGCAAGUAAACAAAGGAACAAAGGAACUACUGCUGGAAACAGAUGGAAUACGACAGAGGUUGAUUUCUGAGGAUGCCUCACUGCAGCUAAUGAUCAAGGGACUUGAAGAUAUCAAAACAAACCUUGAUGGAGUCAUGAAAUCUAUAUCAGAUCAACUGAGCAACCGUAUGUGUCUUGAUAAGCUAGAGCAGAUCUUCUUGCUGCUUUCAACCUUACCAACACAGAUUGAAGCCUCUCUAUUCAAAUUACAAAAUAAGCUUCAAAACUUCUUCACUAAAGAAAUACAGGCAAUUCUUGGCAGCCUGAAGACUCUCAAGCAAAACAGCUCAGUGGCUGCUGCUAUUCCACUUAAGUAUACUGGCUCUUGUGAUACUUCAGAGAGAAAGCAACAGCCCCUCAAGAAGUAUGUAGCAUCCAGCAUUCUGUUUUGUCGUCAUUGUCACACUCAUUUAGAAUGGUUUUCUGCUUUGUCACAGCCCUUGGUGCAAUACAAUCAAAUGUGCUUUACAGCUUUCGUUGGAAAUUUUGAGAUAAAUCCAGCCAUGCAUUCUAAGGCUCAUGUUCAAUCAGUGCUACCUCCAAAAACAGAAAUGGGAGGUUGGAACUUAGUAAAAGCAGAACAAUCUAUGUUUACUAGAAGGUCAUCCUUUAAGGAGAACAAAAAGAAAGGAGUUUCUUGCACUCAACAGGGAAGAGAAUGUAGAGUUACAAUUGAAUCAAAUGAAGAAAUUGAUGAAGGCUUUUCCUGCUUUCUUGGUGGGAAGGAACGAGAUACAACAAUCAAUUCAUUGCACGAAGCAAAGCAACAGGCUGAUCGAAUCCUGAGAAGAGCAAGAAGGCAAAAGAGAAAGUACUGCAAUCCUAUAAUUAUUAAUUGAAGGUAUGCAUAUGCUUCUCCAGCUUCCGUAUUCUUCUAUAUACUCAGUACAAAAUCUUUUAAGGUGACUUCAAUUUUCACUCAUAUAAUAAACUAUGCCAUGGUGUUUUAAAAACUCAAUUGCUGCAUACACCACAAUUCCACUAAUUAAUUAAGAAUUGAUGCUAUGCAAUUGGAGUGACAAGUAUAGUUUUAGUCCAGAACUAGAAGCAAAAUUUACACAUCAUAGAAACUUAAACUAAAAUAGAUUUUUAUUCUUUUAUUUUACAACAGAAAGUAUGGUGCAGUCUAGUUGCAUUACAUAGUUUAGAUGGAUGAGUUACCUAAUGGUAGGGGUUGUAUACCCGUAUCUAAUAGUACAAAACAGUUUGUAUUUUACGGUUUAAACUAUAAAAUGGGAAUUUUUUA